UAGAUUAUUAUGCUGUGCUAUGCGGUGCAGUGAGAUACUGUAUGCUGUGGAACUACAUACAGACUGCCUGUCUGAUAAGUGAAUGGUCGGCUGACAGCUCCACAAUCAGCUUCAUUAUUCCAAGACCCUGUCUUCCAGACAAUGAAUCUAAGUCUGAUCUUUCUCGCCUUCGGCUUUAUCUUCUCCGAAGCUAAAAAUGAUGACCCUGGAGUUAAAGGGAGAUUUACCCUGAAAGGCUUACAAUAUGGUUGGCAAGUAGGGUUAGAUGAAAUGCAGAAGAGACUGGCAACUGUUACAAUCCCAGAUGUCCAAGGUUCUGUCUCUGUUGCUGUUCUAGGUCGCAUAUAUUAUUAUGUCUCACAGUUACAGAUAAAAAACUUGGACCUCACCAAUUCAAAUGUCUCUUUUUCCCCGGACACUGGUGUCACAGUAUCAGUUAACAAUGGGCAGAUUUUGGUUACUGGACUUCUUCGUGUAAACACAGUUCUCUUCUCGGCCAGUUCCCGGCUGGAACUGAGGGUUCAAGGGUUAUCUCUUGCUGGAAUACUUGGUAUUACGUGUGAUGACACUGGACAUGGCGCCGUAUGGAAUGGAGGUUGCAGGUCCCGUGCCAGACAAGUGGACCUUUGGUUCCAUGGUGGAGCUGGAUGGCUCUUCAGCAUGUUUAAAUCUGCAAUCAUGGGACCCUUAUAUGAAGCACUAAAUAAUGAGAUUUGUCCUCAGUUUCAACAAUCAGUGAAACAAAUGGAGGAAUUAUUGAGCAGUUUACCAGUUUCCUGGUCUGUGGAUUCUGUUUCCUCUUUGGAAUUCCCAUUGAUUGGCCCCCCUCUGAUUACAGAGAAGAGUCUUGACCUCCUUAUAAAGGGACAGUUUGUUGGUCGAUCGCAACGCUGGGAUGUGCCUUAUCCUCCUGAAAAACUUGUCCUGCCAGAUCUCGACUCCCGUAUGCUACUGCUGGCUCUGUCUGAUUUCUCUGCAAAUUCAGCAGGAUUUGUGCACUACAAAGCUGGGGUUUUGAAGAGUAAUAUCACUGAUGAUAUGAUCCCCAAGCAGUCGCCCCUCCAUCUAAACACAAAAAGUUUGGGAUUCUUUGUGCCAGAGCUCCCCAGUCGCUUCCCAGACUCGCCACCCAUACUCCUCCAGGUCUCUGCCCGGUCUGCCCCCAUCGUGAGCUGCCAGCCUGAUUCCUUAACUGUGGAAGUUUCUGUGGACAUGGAGGUUUUCGUCAUGUAUCCUGACCGACCAUUGAUCCCCAUUAUCCAGAUGCAGGCUGACGCACUGACGGAGGUUAAUGUAGUACUGGCUGAAGAGACACUGGGAGCAACAUUGUCUGUAAAAAAUUUCUCACUUGGCUUGGUUCACUCUGAUGUGGGACCAGUGAAGGUGGAUUCCAUGCAGAAAACUCUGAGUUUCGGCCUAAAGAUCGUACUUCCAGUCCUGAAUGAGCGAUUGAAGACACUGUUCCACUUGCCAACCAAUCUUCUCCGUCUCCAGGAUCCUGUGGUGCGAGUGCUGAAGGGAUAUUUAGUAAUUAUAACAGAUCUACAGGUGUCUCCACCUUCCCCAAGAUUUGAAGAAUGACUCGUGCUUUAUAACCAGACCACAAGACUGAACAUCCUAUACUUACUAAAUCUAAAUGUAUUUAAGAAAUUGAAAUACUGGGUAAACAAUACUAAUGAUAUUGCUGAAAGGUUCCUUUUCCAUACCCCACUAUGCCUCAGUAACAGUCUACCCACCCUUAGCAUUGAAUCUGAACCCUGCACUCUCUGCCAUGGAGAGCUAGUAACUAGGGCAGGUGCGGUAAGCUAGCCACACUGGUCACAACUGAUACAGUGGACUCUGGAGAGAGGCUUGCAGACUGACUUGCUAGUGAAUAAUAUCGAAUCAGGUAAUGAGUAGGUUAGUUAUGCUAGCAUGCUGCACAUCUCUAUUUGCAAUAAUUAUAUUGGACAAUAUCUGUAAAGCUGCUAAUCAAGGGACCUGUACAGGAAAUAGAAAAUCCUCUGCACAUCAGGGUCAGCUGUAUUAUAAGUGGCCCUACACAUUUGGCGAUGUUACGCCAAGGUGCCCGACGGCUGACACGGCCGGUGAGGGGGGGAGUGAAGUUUCUUCACUCCCCCCGUCACCCAGCUCAUAGUACUGCAUGCUAAUAUGGACGAGAUUGUCCAUAUUGGCCUGCAUAAGCGACGGCACCAACGAUGAAUGAGUGCGGGGCAGCGCAUCGUUCAUCGUUGGUGCCUACACACUAAACGAUGGGAACGAAUUCUUGUUCAGUGUUAUCUUCCAGUGUGUAGGGCCCAUUAGUGACUGUGCCCAUGCACAGAAUAAAAUUAUUUGAUACAGAAGAAAAUCUUCUGUGUUCCUUAAACAUGAGGAGAUUUAUCCAGUUCUGACACUGUAACUGUUAUUUAAGGGUCUAUUCAUGAAGCAGUGUAAAGUGUGGAGAAAAGAGCCAGCGGAGAAGUUGCCCAUAGCAACCAAUCAGCUGCUCUGUAUUUUAUAGUAUGCAAAUGAUAAAUGUUACUUCAAUGCUGAUUGGUUGCCAUGGGCAACUUCUCUACUAGGUCACUUCACUCUUUUCACUGCUUCAUGAACAUACCCGCCACUGUCUUCCCAGGGCUGUACAUGUCUGUGCCACCCACUGUAUGUACUGUACCCUACAAGGCUUAUAUUGCCACAGUCUUGCCCCUGUAGUGCCAAAUUGAGAUGUGUGGUAGAAUCCAAAACAAACUAGCAGAUUUUUUUUUGAGAUUUAUAAACUUUACCAGAUUGGUCAUGGCUGUCUCAGUUGAACAUUAUGGCAGCAGUGUGAUUAAACACUAAAGCGAAAUUUCCCAACUCAUUUCUGUUACUAUUUUUGCUUUGUAUUGUACCUAUACCAAAACAAAUCAAUAAAAAAACAUGUUGAAAA